CGGGGACAUUUCAAUAUCUCGUGAUGCCAGACCCGUGGUUCUCACGUGGCAGUGUUACGCCAUCACAGUCCAAAUUUGGAAAAUUGCCAGCCAAGAUAUCGUGUCCGUUUUCUCGCAGUGUGAAAUUCAUUUCGCGGGCUCACGCAUGGCCCUUGUGGAUACAAGACUCCUUAGCGCUCCAGUGCCCCUUGAGAUGGAUAUAUAAACGGGUCCUGGCUCAGACGGACCAUAUCCUCAUCCUUCCCCACUUACAUCUUCCGAGUCUUCCUUCGACAUGCCGGGCAUGGUUAUUGACGGUCGCGCACUAGAUGCUGUCUCGGAUGCCGUCGACGAAGUGAAUGUGUUGAAAGGCAAAUCGUGGGACGCUGAGUGUCAGCUCGAAACCACCAAAGAUAAAACUAGCUUCCGGCAGUACGAGACCGCCUGCGAACGCGUCAAAGCCUUCUACAGAGAACAACAUGAAAAGCAGACGGUGGCCUUUAAUAUUAAAGCCCGGGUUGAUUUCAAGAGCCGAAAACGCGCUCGUAUGGGUGUAUGGCAGGCCAUCGAGAUGCUUAACACUCUUGUCGACGAUUCUGAUCCUGAUACGGAGGUGUCCCAAAUUGAGCACCUUCUACAGACUGCAGAGGCCAUCCGACGUGAUGGUAAGCCGGAAUGGAUGCAAGUUACCGGGCUUAUCCAUGAUCUUGGCAAGCUCCUUCUCUUCUUCGACAGUCAAGGUCAAUGGGAUGUCGUCGGGGAUACCUUCGUCGUUGGCUGUGCCUUCUCUGACAAAAAUAUCUACCCUGAAACAUUCCAGAAGAACCCGGACUAUCAUGACGCUGUGUACUCCACCAAAUAUGGCAUCUACGAGCCCAACUGCGGGCUAGAGAAUGUGAUGAUAUCAUGGGGUCAUGAUGAGUAUCUGUAUCAUGUUGUCAAAGACCAAAGCACGCUGCCUUAUGAGGCACUGGCGAUGAUCCGGUACCACAGUUUCUACCCAUGGCACCGCGAGGGCGCGUACAUGCACCUUACUAAUGCCAAGGACAUGAUCGCACUGGAGGCAGCGCGAGCAUUCAACCCUUACGAUCUUUACUCCAAGAGCAACGAGCAAUGUGAUGUCGAGAAGCUCCGCCCUUAUUAUGAGGGUCUUAUUGCCAAGUUCUUCCCCCCUGAAAUCGACUGGUAAUCAGUUGCUGCCCGAGGACGAUGACUGGUAACAUUAUGGAGUUUUGUUUAUAUAUCACUAACACCAUAGAUUUACAUCUUAUAGAAGUACUCCUACGCAUCCACGUCUUAUUCCCUCCUAUUCCCUGCUGUGCUGUUGACAGAUAGUAUAUACGUCGAUACAUUGUCACUUUACCUUACUGUUAGACUGUUUAUAGUUUAGUACGUGUUGUGAUAAUAGUACUGCGUCCUUAUUUUGAACGACGGUGAC